CAAUCCCUGGGAGGUCGUCGGUUUCCAUUGAGCUUUCCUCUGGGUCCGCUGCCGGAACCAUGCCUUCCGCCACGUUGACGUCUCCGCGCCUGCGCCGGGUGUUCGUGGUCGGCGUUGGCAUGACCAAGUUCAUGAAGCCUGGAGGUGAAAAUGCAAGAGAUUAUCCUGAUAUGGCAAAGGAAGCAGGACAGAAGGCAUUAGCAGAUGCCCAGAUCCCUUAUUCUGCUGUGGAGCAGGCUUGCAUUGGCUAUGUGUAUGGCGACUCCACCUGUGGGCAGAGGGCUAUCUAUCACAGUCUGGGACUGACUGGCAUCCCUAUAAUUAAUGUCAACAAUAACUGUUCUACCGGUUCUACUGCUUUGUUUGUGGCCCAGCAACUGAUUCGAGGAGGUAUGGCAGAUUGUGUGUUGGCUCUUGGGUUUGAGAAGAUGGAGAAGGGAUCCCUUGGAGUAAAAUUUCCAGAUCGGACCAAUCCAACUGACAAGCAUGUUGAUGUCUUAAUCAAUAAGUAUGGAUUGUCUGCACACCCACUUGCUCCACAGAUGUUUGGGUGGGCUGGAAAAGAGCAUAUGGAAAAAUAUGGAACAAAAGUUGAACACUUUGCAAAAAUUGGAUGGAAAAAUCACAAACACUCAAUUAAUAAUCCGUAUUCCCAGUUCCGAGAUGAAUACAGCUUAGAAGAAAUAAUGAAAUCAAAGAAGAUUUUCGAUUUUCUGACUGUCUUGCAAUGCUGUCCCACCUCAGACGGUGCUGCAGCUGCAGUUGUGUCUAGUGAAGAAUUUAUACGGAAGUAUGGCCUGCAAGCCAAAGCUGUGGAAAUUGUGGCACAGGAGAUGAUAACUGACUUGCCAAGCACAUUUGAAGAAAAAAGCAUUAUUAAAAUGGUUGGCUUUGACAUGAGUAAAGAGGCUGCCAGGAGGUGCUAUGAGAAGUCUGGCCUGACCCCAAGCGAUGUGGAUGUGAUAGAGCUCCACGAUUGCUUUUCUGCCAAUGAACUCCUCACUUAUGAAGCCCUGGGGCUCUGUCCAGAAGGGCAAGGUGGAGCAUUGGUUGACAGAGGUGAUAACACUUACGGAGGAAAAUGGGUCAUAAACCCUAGUGGUGGACUCAUUUCCAAGGGACACCCACUGGGAGCAACAGGUCUGGCUCAGUGCGCGGAGCUCUGCUGGCAACUGAGAGGCGAAGCCGGAAAGAGGCAGGUUCCUGGGGCAAAGGUGGCUCUGCAACACAAUUUAGGCAUCGGAGGAGCUGUGGUGGUUACACUCUACAGGAUGGGUUUUCCUGAAGCUGCCAGCUCCUUCCGAGCUCAUCAGAUUGAGGCUGCACCCACCAGCUCUGCAGGUGAUGGAUUCAAGGCAAACCUUGUCUUUAAGGAGAUCGAGAAGAAGCUUGAAGAGGAAGGGGAACAGUUCGUGAAGAAAAUCGGUGGUAUUUUUGCCUUCAAAGUGAAGGAUGGCCCUGGGGGCAAAGAAGCCACCUGGGUGGUGGAUGUGAAGAACGGGAAAGGAUCAGUGCUGCCCAACUCAGAUAAGAAGGCUGACUGCACUAUCACCAUGGCUGACUCAGACUUGCUGGCUUUGAUGACUGGUAAAAUGAAUCCUCAGUCGGCCUUCUUUCAAGGUAAAUUGAAAAUUGCUGGUAACAUGGGUCUGGCGAUGAAACUGCAAAACCUCCAGCUUCAGCCUGGCAAAGCUAAGCUGUGAAGAUGUCCAUUUGGAACCUCAGCACGUCAGGAUGAGAUGAUUAGAUAUGUAGAUAUCCACGUCUCAUUGUCAGGACUUAGUCCAACAUUUCCUGAUUAGCAUGAGGUAGAUUUGUUGCUAAGUGGGUGUAGCCAAUGGUGUUUUUCCUGAGCUGGGGGUGGAUAGGGCCUCCCAGCCUACUGCUGCUGCUUUGAAGACUUGCAUGACAAGGCUACUAUGGCAGUAAGGGUUGGGGUAAAUUUGAGUUCCAGAAUAAAAUUCAAGAACAGUAAAAUCUAACGACUGUAAACAAAGCUCUUGUUUUGCUUAGAAGCAUAUUUAAGGGUCAAUGUGCGGAACACUAGGAAUGAGUGUCCCCUGGGGGCACUGGAGAAGAAACAAACUUCCAUAGUUGACCAGGAGUUAGUGUCUCUUGCACUUUUAAUUACCUGCAUCAAGUUAUUGUUAAUAGUUCUUAAAAUUCUGUACUAAGCUAAAAAAAAAAAAAAAAACUAUGAAAAUGUGCACUUCAUGCCAUCCAAAACAGUUCUUUUCUUCCCCAAUAAAAUAAAGAAUUAUGAUCUGAGCUUAGGAGGGAAUUUACAGCUGAACAAAGCUGUUUUUAAAGCAUUUUUGAAUUGGCAUCCUUAAAAAUCAGGGUAUUAGAGCCAUUGGAUGCCACUGCUAAAAAUAAUUGAAUAAAGUUUCUUCCAGAGGCAAAGCCUUCAAAUUAUAGCUUCACAUUAAUAAGUUCAUAAACUGGGUUUCAUAAUUUUCCCUUUUCUUAUUUGAUUGUCUGCUCUAUCUUUUCUUGUAGUUUUUCUGAUUCUGAUGCUCUUUGUUAUAACUUAGGUUUGGAUGAACAAUAAUGCUUUUGGAAGAUUUCAAAAGAAAAUUAAAAUAGCUCUUCCUGUUUC